AUGACCCGCGUUCUCCUCACGGGAAGCGGCUUCAUUGCCGCCCACAUCCUCGACACUUUGCUCGCCCACGGCCACUCCGUCGUGACGACAGUGCGAUCCCAGCAGAAAGCCAUCGCUAUCCAGCAGGCUCAUCCGCAGGUCCCAAGGAUCGGCUCGACUUUGCCAUUGUCGAAGACAUCGAGCAGCCAAGAGCAUUCGAUCAUGCUGUUGUCUCUGAUCCCCCGUUUGAAGCUGUCAUUCACACCGCCAGUCCCUAUCACUUUCACACAGAAGAUGCGCAGAAGGAACUUUUGGAACCAGGCGGAUUGGAGUCCCAUAACGGAGUCCCAAGCGCAUGAGAGUCCCGCAAACGGGUAUCGAGCCAGCAAGACCUUCGCUGUAGGAACGAGCUGCCUGGACGUUCAUGGAACAGGAGAAACCAUCCUUCACACUCUCCGUCAUCAAUCCCCUGCUAGUCCUCGGCCCCAUUUCUUCACGGUAUCGAGCCAUUUCUCGAACAAAGAGAUCGCAGAGAUUAUUCGUGAGGAGUUUCCCCAGUUUAAUGAUUGCUUGCCAACCGGGGAGGCGCUGGUGCCUGGGGAUUAUCCGCCAGAUGGUGUGUAUGGGUUUGAUAAUUCGCGCAUGAGGCAGAUUCUGGGGGCCUGGUUCCAAUCAUUGCGGGAGAGUGUUGUUGAUGUGGUUCGGAGCUUGUUGGAAAGGGGUGUGGAGGAUGUGUAG